AUGGGGCUACUGUGCUGCGCUGCUAAGUGCUGCGGCUGCAUAGCGCUCUCGCAGCUCUGUGCACUACUAUUGCCUCUAGCCAUCCUGGUUCUUCUUGGCUUCUUUUUCUAUACGUAUGCGAUUCCGUGGGGUGAGGAUCAGAUCCGCCAAGCGCUCAAUCUAACGUCUGACGUUGACAUUGGCAACCUCAACGCUAGCUACAUCGCAGCUAAUAACUGCACUGGCUGCGUGUUAGGUAGCAACACGCAGUGGCCAACCAAUACCACAGGCCCGCGACAUUUUCUCGACUCGAAAGCUGGCAGUACGGCUUCAGGCGUCAUUGCGACAUCUUUGGCUGGUGCAGCCGUGAUCGGUACAAGUUCAAUGCUCUGGGCCUCGACAGUGCCUACUGCCGCCGCGGCGCUCAGUUUCUCCUCGGGAUUCUACGAAAUGACGCACAUUGUCGAGCAAGCCCAGUUUGCAGGUAUGAUCAGCCAAUUAAGAAUUGAAGGCGCUCCAACGUUUCUCAUUCAAUUCUCCAAGGAACUGUCGUGGACCAAUUUCAAUUUUAUCAGAGGAGGCAGCAGCGAUUCCAACAGUACUGGAAGGCGGAGUCAGCUUCGAAGGCUAUCAGAUUCCAUUUCCCAUGCGGCAGAUGCUGUGUCUAUGGCUGGAGAGACCGGACCGGCGAGAUAUGCUGCUCUCAUUGGUGUAGAUGCCAACAAUCUCUUCUUCUACACGCUUUUGACGUUCGUUGCUGUGAUUGCAGCACUGCAUGUGCUUUAUGUACUGUUUAUUCUAAUUGCUGGCUCCAUUCUCAAGAGCAAUACCAUUAGUGACAUGGCACGCAAAUGGUAUCGUAAAGUGAUUUGGGCUGUUGUGUUGGCUCUGUUGCUGGCACAAUACAGUUUUGCGAUGGCUGGAUGCUAUCUCAUAUCAAACGAUGCUUCAGGAGAUUCAGCCAAAGGCGUUACGUCCCGCUUUACUUUGGGGAUCGUUGCUCUUGUCGUAAUUGUACUUUUAACCCUCGGACUUGGUGUCACUGUUAUUGGAAAAAAUCCAGACGAAUUGAAGGAUGUUGGAACUUACGAACACAAUCAGCGGCCAUUUAGCAGCAAAUACAGUGCGUACUAUGAUCAGUACAACUUCGACAACCGUUUUUUUUUUGUGCCGCGCAUCUUACUCGCAGUCGGGACUGGUGCCAUUGUUGGUAUCGUCCGUGAUGCCACGUCGCAGUUAUUGUGCAUUCUUGCUGUUAUGAUGUUGUAUUUAAUCUUGCUCCUUCUGCGCCAGCCGAAUUUGCUGCCGUUCUUAUACUACGUGGGGAUCACGUCGGUAUUUUUAAAAGUGGUUCUUAUUGGUCUCAUGCUUUUGAUUGCAAGAGACGACUACUUUCCUCAAAAUCUGCGCGAUAACGUGGCUUAUGGCAUCAUUGGAAUCAACAUAUUCAUCUUCGCGUUGUUGUUUAUACGUCAGGCGUAUAUGAUUGUCCACGCGACAAUAAUUGCUUGUCGUCACAAGAAGUAUGGUAAGCGCGACUCCAACUUGGAUGCGACUGGAACUAACACUGAUUUCGGCAACAGUUCCUCUCCUGUUCCUUCCUUUGAAUUGGUGGAGUCAACACCAUUACGUAGAGGCGGGGAUUGGUAUGGAAACAAACAAUUUGAUCAAAAUCAACAAUCGCAAAGCCACCAGCAUCAGUAUGGAGCGCAUUCCAGCACGAUGUCCGGAUACAGUACUCAGAGCUCUAAUAAUGGGCAAUUAGAGAACGUGCCUAUGUUAGAGCCAGCGUCGGAGCCUGUUCCGAUCUUCAGUCGCUCUCGAGGCAAAAAUUGUCCACCGCUAUCUCAUAAUACUACGCCUGCUCCUGCUGCACCUGCUCCAGAAGUACCAACAUACGAUGUGCUGGCCGCCUACCUCGGGACAAGUUCGAUGCAAGACGAGGCUGCAUUCUCCGCAACGUCGUUAAGCGCAGCAAAUGGUCACACAUUUAGAAAUAACCACAUUAUCACAAAAGAGCUCACUUCUCCUGGCGGACUGAACUUGUCAAGAACUUCGGCAACUUCACGUGGUCUGUCCUUGUCCAGAGGUUUGGCAUCAUCACAAAAUCUAACGUCAUCAAGAAGAGACUUAUCAUCGUCAAGAGGUCUCAAAUCUUCACGAGGAACAGCUACGAUGUCUGGAUCUGGCUUUGGCUCACGUUCUUCUUCGGCUGCACUUGACGCGUAUGUUGAGAAUUUCUCAAAUUCAGGAGCCAAAUCCUCCUCGUCGCGAAGGCAACACAUUGUCAAUCUCUAUCAGGAUGUGUCUAUUGAUGAUGUGGAUAUCGAUGACGAUACAGCUGAGACUUUCGAACUUUCAUCUUCGAGUCAAUCGUUUGAUCCUAGUGCAUCAGGUGCUUCAACAUCCAGUUCAUUUGCCAUGAUGCAAUCUUACGUCAACUUCUCAGACUCGACAGUAUCUGUGAGUAGGCAAAGUACCAUCAAACAACCAGACAACACGUUCUCAACUGUCAUCGAUGCUGCUCACUUGGCUAAAAGUGGUGGUUUUGGUAGUAGUCCUCAAGCCAAGAUGUCGAUCUUCUCGAACGAUUCAGAGGGUAGCUUUGAUGGUGACCACAAUAGCUGGAUUAAACAUCAUUCAGGGGCCGCUACUAGUACGGACGACAGAGAGAGCGAAGCACUCGAGGGACAGAGCUACGAACUUGGGCCUUUUGGUGUAACUAAAUCAGCAUUCUCGCGUGACUCAGUAGAUUCGUACUGUUACCAGUCGAAAUCCAAUUUCACGACAUCUCGAUUAAAUUUUAACGCAAAGGGUCAGCAUAAUGAAGGCGGCAGUGACGAUGGCUCAUCAAAGCGACGCUCCUCAAAUCAGUCGUCCAAUCUGUCGUCUAAUCAGUCGUUUCUCAGCGCUCACUCUGACGAUAAACACGGUAAUGAGAGCGAAAUUGCGGGGCGAACGUUGGGCGUAUGUGUAGCUGUUCGGUAUUGUCGACUGACGUACAUAAUGUCAGCGAUGCCUGUGAUGGUAAAUUGGCGAAAGUGA